GAAGUUCCGCACUCCUCACAAAGGGAGAGAAACUCAGAGAGUCAAGCGAAGAGCUACGCAGCUGAAGAAUAACGCAUUGCUCCAUGCUAAUGGAAAUGAAAACUUGCUGUGCAAGCCGCCUGUCAGGUGUUUCAUCUCUUCCUAGAGGAACAUUUUGCAUCACGAGGACUCAACUAACUUUUCCUGUGAAACUCUUCUUUUGCCAAGCAACGCUUGCAGCCUUUUCUUCUGGAAAUGGUUCAUUUAACUCUACAGUAGUGCCUCCAAUCUUGUUAGCAGCUGAGAAAGAAGAAGCGAAAUCUGUGUUAUCCUUAUUCUUGAAGAAACAAGGUUUGAGCAAGGUAGUUGUUGCAAAAACCAUUGCUAAAUCAGAUGUUUUCAUCAACCACCUUGUCUCAAGGAUCCACUCUGUUCAUAAAUCUCGGUAUCUUGUAGGAAGAGAGCUUACAACUUUUGAGAUCAGGGAUACCCUUGUUCCAUAUAUUGAAUCUCUUCUCUUGGAGCACGGAAACAAUCUUGUUAAUGUAGUGGAGAGCUUUCCCAGUACACCUGUCAAAGAAAAGCCAGCUACGCCACUCUCUCAACACCAUUCCACACCCAACUCCAAGAAGCUAAAAAGGGUCUCUAAUGCACCUGCCAAAGAAAAACCAGCUUUGUCUGUUUCUCGAUCCCUUUCUGCUCCCCUCGACUCCAAAAAGCCAAAGGUGGUCUCUAGUGGACAUGGUAAAGAAAAGCCUGCCAUGUCAGUUUCUCAAUCUGGUUCUGUCCUUGACUCCAAGAAACUAAAAACUAUCUCUCAAAUGAUAGAGGAUGGUGCAGUUGGAGAUUUACCCCCUCAAUUCCUCUACCUCUUAGAGCUUGGUAUGGAUCUUGAGCAGAUCAAGGUAAUUAUACGCAGAUAUCCUGCUUUUGCCUACUGCAGCUUGGAGGGGAAAAUCAAACCACUAGUUGAGUUUCUUCUUGAUCUUGGGGUAACUAAAUCAAACAUUCCCAAAAUCCUCAUCCAAAGGCCUUCAUUGACCUCAGUUAGUCUAACCAAAAAUCUAAUACCCACCAUGAUGUUCUUAGAAGAUUUGGGUGUGGACAAGGAUCAGUGGGCAAAAGUUAUCUACCGCUUCCCAGGACUCCUCGUUCAUAGCAGGCAGAAGUUUCAGGCAAUUGUUGAUUUCCUCUAUGAGUCAGGCCUAUCAUCUGAGAGUAUUGGUAAAAUCUUGACUCGAUGGCCAAAGAUUGUUGAUUACAGUGUGGAGGAGAAUCUACAACCAACAGUUGAGUACUUCCGUACAUUAGGGGUUGAUGUUGCCAUGCUUCUCCGAAAAUCCCCACUGACUCUUGGUCAUAGUAUUGAAGGCAAUUUGAAGCCUGUGACUGAGUUCUUCUUGUCAAAGGGGUAUAGCGUGGAUGAAGUAAGAAUCAUGAUUUCGAGAUAUGCCGCUUUAUAUACUUGUAGCUUGACAGAGAACUUGAAGCCGAAGUGGGAGUUCUUUUUGACCAUGGGAUAUUCAAAAUCUGAGCUGGUGAAGUUCCCUCAAUAUUUUAGUUACAGUUUGGAGCAGAGAAUUAGGCCGAGAGAUGUUCUUGUAAAGGAGUCAGGAGUUACAAUGCUGCCCGCCCAGAUGCUAUCACUCUCAGAUUGUGACUUUGACAAAGUUUUGAAGAUGAAAGUGCUAAAAAUGGCUAACAAAGCCUGAUUACCUGGCACUGAAAAGUUUACAUAAGACAAUCUCACCAUUUUAUGGAUGAUCUCACCACAUCACUAGACUGAUGGGCAGAAACCACAAAGUUAAAAUUAGUCGCAUAAAUGCCCAAUUGACUUGGAACAUUCCAAUGGUAUAAUGGUCAUUGAACUAAUGCCAAAAAUAUUUGAAUAUAUGAAAUUUGAAGGGUUGAGGGUUUGUGAAAGGACCCUUAUUUCCUUUUGCUUUCAAAUUCCAAGGAUUUAUUGUUGAAUAACAUUAUCAUAUUAGUUGUUGUCAAAUAUAUAACCCCAUAUCUUUUUCUUUUAAAA